AUGGCACUACCUGAGGAAAUAAACCAUCAACACAUAUCUCAUAUAUCUCAUAUACCUCAUAUAUCUACAGAUUAUUCAUCUCAUCAAUCUCAUCAAUCUCAUCAUUCUUCAUUUUAUCAUGAUCAUAUUCCAGUUUCUCAUUCACAUAUAAAUGAUACAAGUGUUCGUAAAAAGAGUCCUGCAAAGAGAUAUGCAACUUAUGAAACUUAUGAAUUAAAUUGGAAUUCUUCUUCAUCUUCCUCUGGAAAUAUUAGUACUGAUGAUGAUAAAAUUGCAAACUUUAAUGAUAUUUCUCAAAUUAAUGAUAAAUCAGAUGAUUCACCACAUAUUAAACAAAUAUCUUCCUCACAGCCAUCCACACCACAACAUACACAACAUACUCCGCUGGUAGAAAUUCUUCAUAGUCCAACUAAAAAUAAUUCCGAAAUUGAUUCAUCUUUUACGAUAAAACAUGUUAAAAAAGAUAAUUCAAUUCAAAGUAAAAAUAAUGGAAAUUCACUUCAUUCACAUUCAAAUAUAACUCAUGAAAAAGUACAAAAGGAACAGCAAAAAGAGCAAAGUGAACGUAAAUAUCCUUCACCUCCAAUAUCUAGAUCUUCCCCUCCACCUACGUCACAACCUAACUUUAUUCAAAAACAAAAAAAUCAUUCUUCAAUAAUAAGUCCUUCAUCAAAAGUUAAAAAUUCUAAUAGAAAAGGUUUAAUUUCAAAGGGAAAACAACAAGAAGUAUUAGUACCAAGAGAAAUGUCAUUUAUUGAUCCAAGACUAAUAGCUAAAAAGUCUCUUGUAAGAACUCAAUCUAUAAAUCGGAAUUCUAUUAAUAGACCUAUUAAACGUGGCACAAUUGUUCAAAGGAAAAAAUUGCCACCACGAAAUAUGGAAUUUUCUAUUACCUCAAAUCCUGCACAUUCUAAUGAUCCUACAGAUAUGGAUUCUGAUGCAAUACCAAAGAGAAUAAAUGGUUUACCAUGGUUACCUGGUCCUCCUAAACCACCGCAAUUACUUCAUGCCUCUCUUAUACCUCUUCCCAAUCGUGCUCAACGUACUCAACGUGCUGCUUCAACAAAUCCUAAUCGUGUCUCUCGAAUAAUUCCUACUAAUAAUAUAAAUCAUGCAUCAAGAAUAUUAUCUAGCGUAAAUACUAAGCGCAAUUCUGGACGUUCAUCUUUAGAUUUUAGACGUAAAUUAUUAGAAGAAAGUAUAAUGACUUCAUUUGGUGGUAUAUACACAAUAAACAGUCAACCCUCUGCAAAACCGUCAAUAAGACGAAAAACAAGGAAAAGUAGUAAUGCUAAAUUAGAAGAUAGAGAAGCUAGACGAGAAAGGAGGAGAAAGGAGAAACAGGAAAAAUUUUCUGAAGAACAAGAGGGUAAUAACAAUUCCGAUAAUGAUCCAAAUGAUGAAAUAUCUGGUGCGGAUAAAGCUAUAAAAAGAUUUGAGACAACAAGAAUUAUAAGUUCCCGAGAAUUGGUAAAGAAGGUAGAAGAAGAAAGCCGUAAAAAGGAAAAUCUGGUCGGACCUCAACCACCUCCGAGGAGAUCACACAAUGAAACUACAAUUCAACAAGAACAUUUUUCAUCGCUCAAGUCUAAAACCAAUACAUUAUCAAUACUUUCAUCACCACCAGAAAGAAGAUCUUCAAAAUCUGAGAAUCAUUCAGAUUUGACAGUUAAUUCCAAUGAACCACCACCUUAUCCAAUUCGAUUACAAUCUACUUUUUCUUCACCUACUUCUUUAGUACCAAAUUCCUCUAUAAUGGUAACAUCUUCAUCUCUAGAGGAAUCGGAACGUCUAAUGAAUAAAGAUGAUGAAACAUCAUUAUAUUCGCUGGCUCAAAAUUCAAGAACGCAAAAACAUGGAUUACUUGGAGGAUUUUUCAAUAAACAACCAUUAAAUUCAUCAAAUUCCCCGAAUUCACCGGGUAUACCACCUUUAUCACCCUUAUCACCGACAUAUAUGUCACAAACACCAACAUUGGUUCCUACACGAACGGCACCGACGCCACCAAUAUUAAGUCCACCACCACCACAAUCUCCACCUUUGAGCCCAUCUCGAACCCAAAAGAUACAAUCACAAUUGCCACGAUUGAAUAAAAAUCGACGUAUAAAUGAAAAUGAACAAUGUAUACCAAAUCCAGAGAAAUUAAGAAAGAUGGAAAAAUUUGAAGCAUUAAUCGCUAGUACGGAACAAAGCACAAAAAAACCCAAAACUGGUAUAAUUAGUGCCGCAAUAAGUAAUUUAAUGCCAGGUAAUGCCGGCACAACAACUACAUUAACAUCUCCAAAUAUAUUACCAAUAAACUCAAAUGUGGAUAAAAAGAAAAAGAUCAUAUUCAAUCCCACAUUAAACAAUGGGUCUAAUGAAAUAAGUUCAAGUAACAAUGACGAAAAACUUUCAGCAGAUACUGAUCCAAUAGGAAGAGCAUCUUUAAAUUCAUUAGCUACUUCACUAGCUGAAUCAGUUCAUUAUCGACCAGAAGAGAAAGAUAAACUAGGAAUACCUAGUUCAAUUGAUGAAGAUGGUGUUAUCAGAGUUACAUUAACACCCGCUGUAUGUCGAUAA